AUGUUCAACAUUAUUACGAAAUGCACCCAGAAAAAAGUGUGUGUCUAUCUGGAACUAAGCAGACCUCCACGGACUUCCGAUUUGAUAAUGGGUCCCCCCACGAACAGGCUUAGCAGCCAGGUCUAUCCUGGAUAUGCUGACGGUCACUAA